AAUAAACCGUCUGUAGGAAACACUCUAAAUGAUAGUAUUCAUGCUAACAAGUCAUGGGCUGAUGAAACUGAAGCAGAAUUGUCCUGUCGUCAUGAUAAUAAAUAUCAACCAUCUCUUGACAGCAUUUCAACUCAACUGGUCAACAUUUCUCAACAACUUGCUGACAUUCAAAACCAACUUGGUUUUACACUUACGAGA